GAAGAUGUAUGUAAGUACACUUGGAUGUAAAAUGAAGUUGAAAAAUAUUUGAAAACACCGACACACUCACAAUAUUAUACAAGGCGUAGUAUGAAGUGGUCGUCGCUCAAUUGCCAUACAUACUUACGGCACCAAAGUGGCACUGAGAAGUGUAUCAAAGCGUAGCUUGAGAAAAUGCAAACACUAUUUUUCGGUAUAAAAAUGCAAGAUGCGCUCGUUGAAAGUCGCAGUUUACAUUCAACUAUCGGAAUCGGCUACAACUUGUGGUGAUAAGCAAACGAGGCGGAAAGUUCUUCAUAUUUGGUCAAAAACAUAAAUAUAAGCAUUAACGGAAACGGAAUUGCUGAUUAUAGAACGUGAGAUUUUCAGCCUUUUCCUCAUUAUCCGCUGCCAAUAUGAAGGUUUUUCAUUCCACAGCGAAAGCUGCAACGCUGAUAUGUGUUGCACUCUCUUUUGUCAAUGCAGAGCCUCCAGUGAGCUCUUAUUUGCCGCCAGCGUCGGGACCAGCUACGUCAUAUAGCUCCCAACCACAAAGUAGUUAUACUCCAAGUGCGCCCACCGGGGGCGCAUACGCCAGUGCACAAGGUCCUCCAAGUUCAAGUUAUGGCGCACCCCCGGGACCAGCACCACCACCACCUCAGCGCCCAUCUACUUCAUAUGGUCCACCCAGCAAACCCUCCCCUAGCUAUGGAGCUCCACCGUCGCCCAGCUAUGGCGCUCCACCUAGUCCACCAAGCUCUAGUUAUGGAGCUCCACAGAAACCUCGACGUCCAGCUAAGGUGCCCGCUUCAACUUACUUGGCCCCACAAUCCCCUGUAGCAUUUUAUGGACCUCCAAAAACUUCUCCACCUUCAUCGAGUUACGGCGCUCCCCCGUCACAACCAGCACCGCCAUCUUCAAGCUAUGGAGCUCCUCCAUCUCCACCAUCAUCUAGUUACGGUGCCCCUCCGUCUGCACCUUCACCCAGUUAUGGCGCACCUCCAUCCCCCCCAGCAUCCAGCUAUGGAGCUCCGCCAUCACCUCCAGCAUCUAGUUAUGGUCCUCCAAAGAGUGCACCUCCAUCACCAAGUUAUGGCGCACCUCCAUCACCCCCAGCAUCUGGCUAUGGAGCUCCUCCGGCGCCACCCGCUUCAAGUUAUGGACCUCCUAAGAGUCCACCGUCUUCUAGCUAUGGUGCACCCCCUUCACCACCAGCUUCUAGUUAUGGUCCACCUUCUCAUCCU